AUGCUCGAUGUCAAGAAACGUUCUGCUACUUCGAACCUUUCGGAGAUUAGCGGUUUGACUGGGUUGGCCCCAGCCGGGCCGAUCAAAGAGGAGGAAGUGGAUUAUUCGUGUUUGGAAUGGGGCGACAUGGACCCAGCCUAUCGCAGGGAACUGGAGCAAAAGCCGGAAGUCAAAAAGGCCUUGCAAAACUUCAAACGCCAAGCUAAAGCUGCGCGACUAACACCGAGUGGAGAGUUUGUUGAACCCAACCUCGAAAUCCCUACGCCGAACAACCCACCGUCGUUGGAUGAGGAGUUGAAGCAGGUUGAGAUCACAGGGUCAAGUUUGGAAACGGCUUUGAAAUCUUACCAUGAGCGUCACGUACAACCCAGCUUCAACAUGUUGGCAGAUGCGUUGACCGCCGUGUCGAACAAGAAAGCUCCUAGUGUACUGCGAGCACUCAACCUUCACCAGAUGCAGUUGAGCAACCUGGAGGGGGAAAUUUGUCACCGCACCGUUAUUCUACACAACGUGCCACCCUUUGCAAACUACAAGUCCAUUCAGGGCAACAUGAGAUAUUUAUGCCAAGCUGCGAGUAUGGAUUUCCAUGAGGUCGUGCAGUCUUGCUCGAGUCAUAUUCUGUCUUCCAAUGAAGCCAUAUUGAGAGUGGUGUUCUUACAGCAACAAGGCAGUCGGGAGUUUCUCAUUGCAUUUCGGAAAAGCGCACGCUAUUGGCGAGAUUACCAGGAUCGUGCCAACGAUCGAAAACUCCGGAUCGAACGGGAUGUUCCCUUUUCCACCCGCUUGGAAAGGCAGCCGUACUUCGCAUUGUUGGACAUGCUUUCAGAUCUGACGCCGGCUCCAUACGGUUCAAACACUUUCCGAACAGACUUGUCCUCGCUUCAAAUCAAAUCACCUGAGGACUUUCAUGAGGAUGUGGUCGUGGCUCAGAUUGUUUAUCUCCCAUCCCGAGGCGAAUUCAGGUGCAUAUUGCUUGUCCAGCCGGAUUUGCUGCCAACCCUACAAGCGGAGUUCGGUGCACGCUUCAAUGACGCCUUCCACAUGUUUCCGUAUGCCAUAGAAUACCAUGCUCUGGAUGCCUAUUGCGAUAAGGCGAACAUCUUGGCGGGAUCCCUCGCUUGGUACAAUCCGACUGCUGCACGCGGCACAACUACAGCAAAUCGGCUGUCCGUCUUUGUGCUUAGUGACGCGGCCGAGGAUACGAAGCGCAAGCGCGAGUUUUGGGACCACCUUUCUGAGCAAACGUUAGAAGUUGUCAUGAAUUGGACCACAUUGGAUUAUGUGAUCAGCAAUCUUUCUCCGUCUUUCGAGAUAACUGAUUUGGGCAGUAUUCCCGGCAACGAGCUGGCGGAUCAGAUGGGGAAACUUCACUCCACCAAACAAAAGCCCGAAGUCUUUUGCAAGUACCUCACGCAGCAUGUUUGGAAGAGUGCUGGCGAGCAGAUGCCUCCUCAAAGUAUGUUGCACCCAGUAAUUCCGGAAUUCUUCCGCCCCUUUACGGAAGAGGACUUGUACCAAUGCAUGAAACAAUUACAGGUAGGCAAAGCCACAGGGCCGGACGGGAUCCCUGCUGAGUUGAUCAAGCGUGCGCCGUAUGUGGUCCAAAAGUUUAUUCUUUCCCACUAUAACAAGUGCCUCCGCACGGGCUCCAUCCCGGACGCAUGGUUGCUCUCGGAAGUGGUCAUGCUGGUCAAAGAUGCUCGCAAAGACACGCUUUCGCUCGACAACUAUCGGCCUAUCUCGCUAACGGAUGUUUUCUAUAAGUUGUAUGCCUUCGACAGCGUGUCUUUUGCAGCCAUAGAGCGUUCUUUGGUCAGAUUGGGUGUCCCCGCAGCGUUCGUGCGGGCCGUCAUGGCCAUUUACAACAACCCUCAGUUUCGAGUGAAAGAUUCGGGCUCAACCUCCGAAGUUGGUGUUCAAUCUCGUGGCGUUCGGCAAGGUUGUCCACUCUCUCCUUACCUUUUUGAUAUCAUAUUGACAUGUUUGUUUGCAGAUGUUGAAGCAUCAUACGAGGAACAGUUCGGUAUUCUGACUGGGGUCCUGAGGUACAUGGAGGACAUAUUCCCGUUGCAGAUGAAGUAA